UGGGCAUGGUCGUGUAAAAGGACUCAUUUGUCUGAUAAGAUUGAGUGUAAGUACACUGAAGACUACAGCAAGAUCAGAGAUUCACUGGCCUGCAGUUGUUUAAGCUCGUCUCGGGAAUUAGCUAAGGAGAGAAAAUUGACUCAAGAAAACAAACCAGCAAAUGAAUGGGGUCAUUGAUGUCAGGUUUUUAUCUUUAAACCACUUCACAUGGAUAUACGCAGAGAGCACUUCCGAAGUGAACCGAGCCGGCACGAUGAUGGUUCACUAUUCCCCAGGGAGCAUGAUGGCAGUGCUCCAGGAAGAGAACGAGUACUGCACCCAUGACGCAACUCUGCAGUACUUGCUUCUCCUUCUUUCCAAAGUGGCUCUGAAUACACUAGUCUUGUCCUUCUGGUUGAGGAGCAUUCCCAAGACACUCCUUGGUGUUUGCAGCAUUUCAAUAUACCUGGCAGAUCUGCUGCUCAUCUGCUUUAUCUCCGGGGCAUGGUUGUUCCAGCAGAACCAUGGUAUCCAUGAAGUCAUGUGCUUCAGUCUUUCGCACAGCUCCACUGUUUACUCUCUGCUACCUUUGCCCAUCCUUCUGGCAGGAGCCUUAGACUGUGUUAUCCAUCAACAUGUGGGCUUUGGUCAGAAGUCAUUAGGCAGGACUGCUGUCCACUGUGUGGUAGUUCUGCUGAUAUGGACACUAGCUUGCUUUUACUCUUCCUGCUACACAAACACAGAGCUGCUGACCAUCCAUUACAAAGAGGGGGUCAAGACUCUUGCGUGUUCUGUACAAGGAUCUGUGGCAGUCAGUCAAUUCAGUUUGAAUCUAUUCAUCAUUGUAGGCUUUGUACUUCUGUUUCACUGCAGAAAGCUCCCAGGCUGGGUUCGCCUGGCUAACAAACUGGCCAAGCAGAGGACUGUCUCACUUUUUAUGAGUGAUCUAGCCUUUUCUGGGACUCUGGAAAAGCUUGAAUCAGGAGCCAUUGAGGAAACGCACAUGGAUAACCAGCAGGAUCGUCCUCCUCUCAUUAUCAGCCUGGUUCUGUGUUUUGCACUGAACUGGACACCUUAUCUGCUUAUGUGUGUGGCCUGUGAUCUCCUGGGAUUUGUGGUGCCAGCUUAUGCAAGUGUCAAUCUCCUUUGGACUGCCUGUGCCAACAGCUUACUGGUGGGUGUGGCUUUCUGGUACAGAAGCAAUAAGCAUGGACCUUACUGCACGCUGCCAGAUGAUAUCUGUCCAUGGAGCUUUUACUGGUAUUUGAGUAUGGAAAAUGGCCAGUUUACAGCCAGUACGAAACUCCAUGAUGGGCAAGACUGAGGAGUCAAUUCUACAGACUCCACAAUUACUAUUACCAGUGACGAUACUUUUUCAAAGGCUACUUGUCUGAUCACGUCUGGCACGAAGACAGAGGGACUACAUCAUAGCCUGCACAAUAUGGACAAAAAUGUGUGGCUCUGGCUGGAUUCUGUCCAAAAAAAAAAAAAAAAAAAAAAUCAGAAAAUGGAUUUGUCCAAAAUGUUUUUCUAUGCAUAUUUUGGCACCACAACUUUAAGAAAACAUAAAUCUAUUUCACCAAUACCCAUUCACACCAAGUGAAAACAGUCUGUGGAAAGAUGUCCAAAACCUAAUGUGUGAAUUUCACACAGUAAAUUUUGCACUUUAGGGUUUGCAAUUUAGGGUUGUCACUAUAUUAAUAUAUAAAUAUACUUAAUUUUAUCCUAAAAUUCUUCUUAAUGAAAAAUAAAUUCCCCAAAAUUACUGUAUUUUUUAUAAAGUACAAUGUACAUAUAUUUUUUUACCAAAAAAAGAAAAAAUACUACAGUAUCUGUAGCAUUGCUGUUUCUUACUGUAAGAAAGACAAAAAUGAAAUAGCAAAUUCUUAAUCUCACUUUAAAAUAUACUUUAAUACUUUAAAAAAUAUUUUAUAAAAUCUUUAUUAAAUAAUUUGACUGAUUUGUUUUGGCCAAGUUAAAUUCAUCCAUUAAUGAAAACAAAAUGUAUGCCUUAAUGUUGCAGUGUUAUAAAACACUUUUAUUUUCAUAAUAAUAACAACAUACUUGUUAUUGUCAGAUGCGGUUGGAGUAUCAAAAAUAGUUUCUCAAGUAAAAGUAACAUUACAGGAAAAAAAUACUCAAGUAAAAAAUAAAAGUGCUCAUCCAAAUAUCGCAGCUUUAGAGAGAUAUAUAAAUUCUGGAUAUAAAUUUUAAAUUUAUAAAUUUUUCCCUAAGUAGCUUAAGUAGCUGUGGCUUGCUAGACAGCUAGCGUCACAUAAAACAGACUGAAUGUAAACAAAUGUAAGUGCAUCUGAUUUAAACCCUUGUAUUAAGAUGCAUUUUAUCAAACAGAUGUAACUCUACUGAGUGAAAGCUUCUCGUUGCUGUGACAUGCCUAUAGAAUGUAGCGUUAUCAUUCAAACUUUAGUCGUUUAAAAGUAGCUCAACGCUGGUUAACUGAACAUAAUUACAAAUUCGCAGGGACACACCACUUAAAUGAUCAUUUAAUAUAAAAAAAACAAUCAAGUUUCCGUUUUGUUUUCUUCAUCCUUCGUUAUCUUCCAUCCUCUACACGCCUGCAUACGGGAGUACUUAUAAACAUAUGCAAACAUUAAAUAUGCUGUAAAGGCACAUUUCUCUCUACUAAAUUACUGCGCCUUUUCUUUAUUGGACCGAGCCACCUGCACGUUGCUUUCCAUCAUGAAGCUGAACGAUCUUCCUUGCGGGUUUGUUGUAAAGCCAGCUUUGCUGUGCAUUAGCUAUUGCCACCUUCUGGAGCAUCAUUUGCUGAAUACUUGAUCACGUGAAAUUUUCGUCGAAGAUUUUUUUUUAUAAACGAGUAGUCGAUUAUAUUCGGGUAUUCGUAACAGUUCUGCUUUGUUUUGUUUAAGCUGUUCGUGCAUUGAUUAAAUCGUGCUGUUUUGAAAUGGAUAUCAAAUCUAAUCAAUUCGGUUUGUAAUCAGAUACAAAAUGGCUGUCAAAAUGUCAGUGAUGCUCUUGCAGUGUAGUCAGAACAAAAUCUUCAAAUGUGAUUUCCUCCUUCACUUUUAGAGGUAGCUGGAUUUUAAAAUCUUCACUUCACUUUUAAUUGCGAUACAUGCAAAAGGGACACAGGCUAUUUCAGGAAAGUCUGGAGUUUUCAUAACUAUAGAGAAAAUGUCAAAGUUUCACCAUGUUUUCUCAGGCAGUGACCCAAAUAUGAUAUAGGAGCAUACUGGUACAUACUGUAUGUGCAAGACACCUUGCAGUCUAUUUGUUAAGGUGGUGAAACAAAUGUGGUGAACUGGUGAAGUGUCCUUGUAAAAAAAAGUGGCCUGCAUUCAUUUAACCAUUUAUUCAUUUUAUCUUUCUAAUGAAAUGAUUAGCAAAACACCAUCAGAGUGUUUACAGAAUAAUAAAAAAAGUCUGCAUUGUUAGAGUGCUGAUUUGUAGACAGUAGGCUACUGCAGUAUCAGUAGAGCCAAGGGCAACAGUGCGAUAAGGACACACUGUGGAACUUUAUACCCUAGGCAAACAGAAGCAACAGUACCAAAGCCAGAUGUCAGAGCAGACAUUUACUGACUUAAAGUCACUUUCAAACAUCAUUCUACAAACAUGGGGAAAUGUCUACAUCUACAAACAAUAAGGAAAUCUCAGCAAUGUCUGUAGUCUGUAUUUUUAUACAAAAAAGAUGUACAUUGUAACUGCAUCUCUUUUACAUGUUGUACGUUUGAGCAAAGACUGACAAGCAAAUAAAUGAGAUCUUGUGUACUACA